ACCGACGUGGCAAACAGCAAGCAGGUCUGAGUCUACUUUCUUCCCAAGGGAGUGCUUGGAGUCUCCCAUCUAGUUGAGUUCUUUCGCGCCCGCUGUCUCUGCGAUUCGAAGACGGUACUAAUUUUGGAUAAACUCGACACGGUUGCUGAGUUAUUGGCCAUGAUCUCGCAAUUCUUCGUGCUUUCGCAGAGAGGCGAUAACAUUGUAUUCCGAGAUUAUCGUGGCGAAGUACCGAAAGGAAGUGCUGAGAUCUUUUUCCGAAAAGUGAAAUUCUGGAAGGAAGACGGAGAAGGAGAUGCGCCACCUGUCUUUAAUUUGGAUGGUGUGAACUACUUUCAUGUGAAGGUUGUUGGACUAUUAUUCGUUGCUACAACAAGGAUCAAUGCGUCGCCUUCUCUUGUUCUUGAACUUCUUCAAAGAAUUGCACGUGUAAUCAAAGAUUACCUUGGGGUUCUCAAUGAAGAUUCCCUCAGGAAAAACUUUGUUCUUGUGUACGAGUUGCUGGAUGAAGUUAUUGAUUUUGGUUAUGUGCAAACAACCUCAACUGAGGUUCUGAAGUCAUAUGUAUUUAAUGAGCCCAUUGUGGUUGAUGCUGCACGCUUGCCUCCUCUUGGUCCGGCUUCCAUUUUUGUGCAAGGGAGCAAACGGAUGCCUGGUACGGCUGUCACUAAGUCUGUGGUUGCAAAUGAGCCUGGAGGUAGAAAACGAGAGGAAAUUUUUGUUGACAUAAUCGAGAAGAUUAGUGUUACAUUCAGCUCGAGUGGUUAUAUACUUACUUCAGAGAUUGAUGGUACCAUUCAAAUGAAGAGUUAUCUCACGGGUAACCCAGAAAUUCGACUUGCUCUUAAUGAGGACUUGAGCAUUGGAAGAAGUGGAAGGUCAAUCUAUGAUUAUAGUAGUUCAUCUGGUGGAGGGUCCGUUAUCCUUGAUGAUUGUAAUUUUCAUGAAUCUGUGCAUCUUGAUAAUUUUGACAUUGACAGAACUUUGGUCUUGGUACCACCAGAAGGUGAAUUUCCUGUCAUGAACUAUCGAAUGACUCAAGAAUUCAAGCCUCCGUUUCGUAUUAACGCCUUAAUUGAAGAAGCAGGGUCCCUUAAGGCUGAAGUAAUUCUUAGAGUUCGUGCUGAAUUUCCCUCAAGCAUCACAGCAAACACAAUUAUGGUUCAGAUGCCACUGCCAACUUUCACGACUAGAGUCAGCUUUGAGUUGGAACCCGGAGCAGUAGGAAAUACAACUGAUUUUAAAGAAGCAAACAAGAGGCUUGAAUGGGGUCUGAAGAAGAUUGUUGGUGGAUCUGAACAUACUUUGCGUGCAAGGCUCACAUUUUCACAAGAAUCACAUGGAAACAUCGUGAAGGAAGCUGGACCUGUUAGUAUGACCUUCACAAUUCCAAUGUACAACGCUUCAAGGCUCCAGGUUAAGUAUUUGCAGAUAGCCAAGAAGUCUAACACCUAUAAUCCCUAUAGGUGGGUGAGAUAUGUGACGCAAGCAAAUUCGUACGUUGCUCGGUUGUGAAUGUAAAACCUUCUUCAAACUCAAUUCACUCUCUUUCAUUGUUUUGACCUGCGCUGUCAGUAAGCAAAAUAAACCUUUGUUUGUGGGUGGUUAUUUGAGGCUGUAUUUGGUGCAUAUGCGAACUUAUUUUUAUCCUUCUGUAGAGUAUGAGUGUCCACCCUUCCAGUGGAUCUCUCAGGAUAACUGCGGUCGAUAAUGUUCACAGCGGCAUGCUUUGAGCUAUCAAAAUGUCAAACUGCAUUGUAAAGUAAUAAUUAGGAAACUGUGGCUUAUGGCCAUAUGCAUUCAGCCAGAAUAGCCCAUAUUCUAGUAGUUGUAGGACAGGUCGGUGCUCUUAAAUUUUAUUUUGAUGUAUUUGGUUUAUACUUUCGAAUUAAUGAUGGAUGAGUAUUAGGAUAUGAAGUUUUGAGUUUUAACUUUUAUAA